AGGCGCGUGCUGCAUUUGCCGCCCACACCGAUCCUUUUCAGCUCUUCGAUUGAAAAUUCGUAACGACUGUUGAAAAUGGCGAACCUUUACUUCACCCACUCGAGCGCUCCGCUCAAGACGGUGCAGGAGAUCCAAUUUGGCCUCAUGUCUCCCGAGGAGAUCAAGAGCAUGAGCGUGGCCCACAUCCUGUACCCCGAGACGAUGGAGGAAGGCGGCACGAAGCCGCGCGACGGUGGCCUCAACGACCCUCUCCUUGGCUCCAUCGACCGGCAGUUCAAGUGCAAGACGUGCACGCAGGCAAUGGGCGAGUGCCCCGGCCACUUUGGACACAUUGAACUGGCCAAGCCCGUGUACCACCCUGGCUUCAUCAAGAAAGUCAAGAAGAUCUUGGAGAUUGUCUGCCACAACUGUAGCAAGGUGCUGGCUGAUGAAAGCGAUCCCGAGUUUGUCGCAGCAAUCAAUACUCGAGAUGCAAAGCUCCGCUUCAAGCGGGUAUGGGCCGUCUGCAAGAAGAAGCGGAGGUGUGAGAAUGACGACCGGUCAGAGAAGAACAAGGACGAGGAGUUUGCGCCCGGUAUGAAGCCGGCCGUCGUCGAGAGUCACGGCGGCUGCGGCAACGUGCAGCCUCAGGUUCGACAGGUCGCCCUCCAGCUUAAGGCCGCUUUCGAGGUCGCCCAAGAGGACGGUCCCAAACGGAAAGAGACGGCUCCCAUCACCCCAGAGAUGGCCCACAGCAUUCUUCGCCGCAUCUCCGAGAAGGAUCUACGCAACAUGGGCCUCAACUCGGACUAUGCCCGUCCGGAGUGGAUGAUUAUCACUGUCCUACCCGUUCCCCCACCACCUGUUCGUCCUAGUAUUUCUAUGGACGGCACUGGAACUGGAAUGCGCAACGAAGACGACUUGACCUACAAGCUGGGUGAUAUCAUCCGUGCCAAUGGCAAUGUCAAGCAGGCUAUUCGUGAGGGUUCCCCUCAGCAUAUCGCCAGAGAUUUCGAGGAGCUGCUGCAAUAUCACGUCGCCACCUACAUGGACAACGAUAUUGCCGGCCAGCCUCGUGCGCUGCAGAAGAGCGGACGCCCCGUCAAAGCCAUCCGUGCCCGUCUCAAGGGAAAGGAGGGCCGCCUGAGAGGCAACCUGAUGGGAAAGCGUGUCGACUUUUCUGCACGUACCGUCAUCACGGGAGACGCCAACCUGUCUCUGCACGAAGUCGGUGUUCCUCGCAGUAUUGCAAGGACCUUGACCUACCCCGAGACGGUGACGCCUUACAACAUUGGCAAGUUGCAUCAACUGGUCGAGAAUGGUCCUAAUGAGCAUCCUGGAGCCAAGUACGUUAUCAGAUCCGACGGGACCCGUAUCGACCUGCGACACCACAGACGAGCGGCUCAAAUCUCUCUCGAGUAUGGCUGGAAGGUUGAGCGUCAUCUUAUGGACGGUGAUUAUAUCAUCUUCAACCGUCAGCCCUCGCUUCACAAGGAGUCCAUGAUGGGUCACCGUGUCCGCGUCAUGCCUUACUCCACUUUCCGACUCAACCUGUCCGUGACCUCUCCCUACAACGCCGAUUUCGAUGGUGACGAGAUGAAUCUUCACGUUCCGCAGAGCGAAGAGACUCGUGCAGAAGUCAAAGAACUCUGCCUGGUUCCUAACAACAUCGUCUCGCCUCAGAAGAACGGUCCUUUGAUGGGUAUCGUACAGGACUCCCUUGCUGGCGCCUACAAGCUCUGUCGUCGUGAUACUUUCCUGGACAAGAACCAGGUUAUGAAUCUCAUGCUCUGGGUCCCUAACUGGGACGGUGUCAUUCCCCAGCCUGCCAUCUUGAAGCCAAGACCGCGCUGGACCGGCAAGCAGAUCAUCAGCAUGGUCAUCCCCAAGGAGAUCAGCCUGCACGCUCCCGAAGACAAGUCUGACUCGCCUCUUAAGGAUGCUGGUCUGCUCAUCCAGGCUGGUGAGCUCAUGUAUGGUCUCAUGAAGAAGAAGAACAUUGGUUCUGCCUCUGGUGGUGUGAUUCAUCUCUGCUACAACGAGUUGGGACCAGAAGGUGCCAUGGCGUUCCUUAAUGGGGUUCAGCAAGUGGUUACCUACUGGCUGCUGCAGAACGGCCACAGUAUUGGUAUCGGUGAUACUAUUCCGGAUAAGCAGACAAUUGAGAAGGUGCAGGUGCACAUUGACACCCAAAAGGCCGAGGUCGCCAGGCUCACGGCCAUGGCUACAAACAACGAGUUGGAAGCCUUGCCUGGUAUGAACGUCCGAGCGACCUUUGAGAACAAGGUCUCCAUGGCUCUUAACAUGGCUCGUGACCAGGCUGGUACUACCACUCAGAAGAGUUUGAAGGACUCCAACAACGCUGUGACCAUGGCUGAAUCCGGCUCAAAGGGAUCGUCCAUCAACAUCUCUCAGAUGACGGCACUCGUGGGACAGCAGAUUGUCGAAGGAAAGCGUAUUCCGUUUGGCUUCAAAUAUCGGACCCUGCCCCAUUUCACCAAGGACGAUUACUCACCCGAGGCCCGUGGCUUUGUAGAGAACUCAUAUCUGCGUGGACUGACGCCCACCGAGUUCUUCUUCCACGCCAUGGCGGGUCGUGAAGGUCUUAUUGACACGGCCGUCAAGACAGCCGAGACAGGUUACAUUCAGCGACGUCUUGUCAAGGCUCUGGAAGACCUCAACGCUCAGUAUGAUGGUACUGUGCGCAACUCUCUUGGUGACAUCAUUCAGUUCCUUUACGGCGAAGAUGGUCUCGAUGCCAUGUGCAUUGAGAAGCAGAAGCUUGGCAUCUUGAAGAUGUCUGACGAGGCGUUCGAGAAGAAGUAUCGCCUUGAUCUGGCCAACCCGCCCGAUUGGUUCAGAAAGGAUUACGAGUAUGGCAAUGAGUUGACUGGUGAUAAGACCUCCAUGGCUCUGCUCGACGAAGAGUGGGAUCAACUUCUGGCCGAUCGCCGAGAAGUGCGAGAGAUUAACCGCUCAAAGAUGGGCGAGGAGAUGAUGCAGCUUCCUCUCAACAUCGGUCGCAUGAUCGAGACCGCCAAGCGCGUCUUCAACGUCAAGGCCAACGACCGAAGCAACUUGAGACCUUCUGAUGUCAUCCCUGUCGUGAGGAACGUCAUCAACAAGCUCAAGAUUGUUCGAGGCGAGGAUAGCAUCUCGAAAGAGGCGGACAACAGUGCCACCAUCCUCUUCAAGGCUCUUCUUCGAUCUCGACUGGCCUUUAAAGAGGUGGUCAAGGAGCAUCGUUUGAACAAGCUGGCAUUUGAUCAUGUUCUCGGAGAGCUCCAGAACCGAUGGGAUCGGUCGUUUGUCAACCCCGGCGAAAUGGUGGGCGUCCUCGCGGCUCAGUCCAUUGGUGAGCCUGCUACGCAGAUGACACUGAACACCUUUCACUUCGCUGGUGUCUCUUCCAAAAACGUCACGCUCGGUGUGCCUCGUCUCAAGGAAAUUCUCAAUCUGGCAAAGAACAUCAAGACGCCUAGUAUGGCAGUUUAUCUGGACACUCCGCUGGCCAAGCAGGAGCAAGCGAAGAAGCUGCGAAGUUUAGUCGAGUAUACCAAUCUGCGGUCGAUUACUUCCGUCACUGAGAUCUACUAUGAUCCAGACGUCCAGUCCACAACCAUUCCCGAGGAUCUCGAUAUGGUCGAGUCCUACUUCUUGAUUCCCGACGACAGCCAGGACACCAUUGAUCAACAGUCGAGGUGGCUUUUGCGUAUCACGCUCGAUAGGCAGAAACUGCUUGACAAGGAGAUCAAGAUUGACGAUGUCGCUCAGCGCAUCAAGGAGGAGUAUCCCAAUGAUCUGGCCGUCAUUUUCAGCGACAACAAUGCCGACGAGCAAGUCAUCCGCAUCCGCACCAUUCGCCAGGACGACAAGGACGAGGAUGGCGAAAAGAAGAUUGAAGAUGACGUGAUGCUCAAGCGACUCGAGGCCCAUCUCCUGGACACUUUGACGCUGCGAGGUGUGCCUGGAGUCGAACGAGCUUUCUUGACCAAGGGAACUCGUCUUGUCGAGGCCGCUGACGGUUCUGAGCUCGCGCUCAAGGACGAUCCCCGAUGCACUCAGUGGUAUCUGGAUACUAGCGGCUCAGCUCUCCGCGAAGUCUUGGCCGUUCCCGGAGUUGAUCCCACGCGAACCUACACCAACGAUCUGUGGCAGAUCAUCGAGGUGUUUGGUAUCGAGGGUACUCGAGCUGCCUUGGUGAAAGAGUUGACGGCUGUCUUGGCCUUUGACGGUUCCUACGUUAACCACCGACACAUUGCCCUGCUCUGCGAUGUCAUGACGUACCGCGGAAGUAUUUCUGCCGUGACUCGUCACGGUAUCAACCGAGCGGAUACGGGUGCCCUGAUGCGAUGUUCCUUCGAGGAGACUGUCGAGAUUCUGCUCGAGGCAGCUGCUACCGGUGAACUUGACGACUGCCGGGGCAUUUCUGAGAACGUUAUGCUCGGCCAGAUGGCCCCCAUGGGUACUGGCAACUUUGAUGUCUACCUUGACCCGAAGAUGCUGGAAACGGUCAUCUCGGACAACUCUCGCAUGGGUCUCAUGCCUGGCAUGCCUGUCAAGGAAGGAGACGCUGAGGGUGCGGCUACGCCGUACGAUACCGGAUCGCCCAUGGGCGACUCUGGCUACCUCAGCCUCAACUCUCCUGCUGCAGGAAACUUCUCGCCCAUCCAGGGCGCGGGUUCAGAGACGCCCGCUGGGUUUGGAACCGAGUAUGGCGGCGGCGGCUUUGGUGGCAUCGGGUCCAUGAGCCCGUACUCGAUGCGUGGAGCAACGAGCCCAUUCAGCACCUCUCCGACGUCGCCUUUCAGCUCGGGCAUGGGUGGCUACUCUCCGUCGUCGCCCAACGCGGGAUACUCCCCCACGUCUCCCAUGAUCGAUGGCGGCAUUGGCCGAUAUGCGACAUCUCCGUCAUUCAGUCCCUCUUCCCCAUCCUUCUCGCCGACGUCACCCAUGUUGCGUCCCACAAGCCCAGCCAGCCCCAACUACAGCCCGACAUCGCCAAGCUACUCGCCGGCGUCCCCUUCAUCGCCGAGACACUACUCGCCCACGUCGCCGGCGCAGUUCAACUCUCCCACCUCGCCUAGCUACUCGCCCGCUAGUCCCAACUACAGCCCAGCCUCUCCCAACCUUCACGGAGUGGGCGCUACUUCUCCUUCAUACUCCCCUGCCUCCCCCUCUUGGUCUCCCACUUCUCCCGAGGCUUACUCGCCUACGAGUCCUAGCUUCUCCAAGAGCCCUGGGUCGCAACAAUCCCCUACCAGCCCCAGCUACUCGCCCACUUCUCCAUCAUUCUCUCCCCGGACCCCUGGGCCGGGAGCUUCUGGAAACCAAUACUCACCUAAUUCCCCUGCUAACGACUGA